AUGUCCGUUCUCUUUGAAACGUCUUUGGGCGACAUAGUCAUCGAUCUCGAGGUUGAGGCCUGCCCCAGGACAUGCGAGAAUUUCCUGAAACUCUGUAAAGUGUACUACUACAACCUGAAUGCUUUCUUCAAUGUAUCAAAAGACUUCCUCGCACAAGCUGGUGACCCAACCGCAACCGGAACGGGCGGUGAAUCCAUUUUCUCGCUCUUAGCCUCCAAAUCUUCCUCCGAUGUUCCGAUACCACGAUACUUCCCUCCAGAGAUCCUCCCAAAGCUGAAGCAUACGCAUAAAGGCACAGUCUCCAUGGCUGUAGCUCCAGCCUUGGAGGGCAACAAAGGAGGCUGCGGAAGUCAGUUUUUUAUCACUCUCGGGGACCAGAUUGACUACCUGGACGGCAAACACGCCGUUUUCGGACAUGUAGUUGAGGGAUUGGACACGCUUGACAAGAUGAAUGAAAUCUUUGUGGAUCAAGAUGGACGCCCAUUGAAGGACCUUCGGAUAAGGCAUGUUGUUAUUCUUGAUGACCCCUUCCCCGAUCCGCCAGGUUUGGUUCAACCACCUUCCUCUCCGACACGGCCUCCAGACAACUCCACUCGUAUUGCUGAAGAUGAAGACCCGCUGGCGACUCUUCCUGAAGAGGAAGAAGAACGGAUUAGGCGCGAGAAAGCGGCGGCCGCCUCGGCGCUAACUCUCGAGAUGGUGGGAGACCUUCCAUUCGCUAAUGUCCGCCCCCCUGAGAACGUCUUGUUCGUGUGCAAACUCAACGCCGUAACGAGAGACGAGGAUCUGGAGCUUAUCUUUUCGCGUUUUGGCACUAUCAUGAGUUGCCAAGUCAUUCGCGAUAAAAAGACUGGUGAUUCCCUACAGUACGCGUUUAUCGAGUUUGAUAAGCGUGAGGACGCUGAACAGGCCUAUUUCAAAAUGCAAAACGUACUCGUUGAUGACCGCCGUAUCUGGGUUGACUUCUCGCAAUCCGUUGCGAAAAGCAAUACUUUUUGGUCAAACAACAUCGUCAGAGGCCCCAAGCGGACCAAAACUAGUGGGUAUGGCGGCCGAGAUGACCUAGAAGAAACUCGUCGAUAUAGGGGCGACGAUGGGCGCCCCAGUAGCCACGAGCACCAUCACCAUCGAGGUUAUGGAAUGGUUUUUGACGUUCCCGAUCACUCCGAGCGCCGAAGAAAACGCAGUCGGAGUGGCGACAGGGACGAAGUAGACAAAUCUAGGGAUACACGCCGACGACACUCAAGAACUCCACCUCCCAGAGAAUCUAGCGGAAGAAAUGGGCAUCGAGAGCACGAAAGACGUAGGUCCCGCAGUAGGAGCAGAGAAAGACAUACUGGCCGAGAGCGAAGACGGUAG